AUGAACAUCGAAAAAACAACACAGGGAGCCGAAACUAGAACUGAGAAGUUAUGGUACUUUGGGUUUGGUUCCAACCUGAAGACCAGCAUAAUGCGAUCGCGCGGCAUUGAGGUACUCGAUGUAAAAACCGUACGAGUGCCCGGUUACAUCCUGACAUUUGACGUUUUCGGUCUUCCAUAUAGCGAACCUGCAAUGGCUAGCAUUUCCAGAUAUGCGGUCGACACCAAUGGAGAUGCUGCUCCAGAUCCACCAACUGUUCACGGCGUGGCGUACUUAUUAUCUCGCGCGGACCUGCUACGACUCAUCGGUACAGAAGGCGGCGGGGUGGCGUACAGGGAAAUCAUAGUUAAAGGAAUUCCUCUAAACACCGGCAAUGAUGAUAUGAAGCCCAUUUCGAUGUCCACACUUAUUGCUAGGUAUCCACGCCGACCGAAUGCGGCUCCCAGUGCUAGAUAUCUGGUAGGCUGCUCCUGGCUCUCGUAG